UCUUCACUCCUCACUAAAACCAACCCAACUUUCUCUCUCCACUCUACCCAUCUCUCUCUCUCCACUCUACCCAUCUUUCUCUCUCUAGACCAUCGGCGGGCUCGUUCUGCAAGAACUGGCUAACUCAGAGGAAAUUCUGGAGGAGUCCAACAAUCAGAGGGUGGUACUCGCCCUGUAUGAAGCCUUAAGCGCACGUGACGUAGACACGGUGCACAAGCUUCUCGCAAGUGACCUCGAGUGGUGGUUCCAUGGCCCUCCGUCACACCAGUUUAUGAUGCGCCUUCUCACCGGCACUGCCUCGACGCACGAUUCUUUCAACUUCGAGCCCCAGUCCGUCGCCACUUUCGGAUCAACGGUCCUCGUCGAGGGCUGCGAUCACGACCGUCUGAUCUCCUGGGUCCACGCCUGGACCGUCACUAAUGGGAUAAUCACCCAGGUGAGGGAGUACUUCAACACGUCCCUUACCGUCACCCGGUUCGGGAACACAGACCAAUCGACAACGUCUGAUUUCUCAUCAUCCUCCUCGUCCUCAUCAUCAUCGUCGAUCAGAGCUCUCCACUGUCCUUCCGUUUGGGAGAGCAGCCUCUCGAAUCGGGUCGGAAAAUCUGUGCCGGGUCUUGUCCUGGCAAUAUAAAUUAAUAAUUAUAAUCUGGGGUGUGAUCAGGUGCAGCCGGGAGUAGUUUAAUAACGUGGUACUUGAAUAUAAAGUACAACCCGGUGCAGCGUAGUCUGAUUGCAUAUGGGCUGAAGUACUGUAGUGUGAGUGAUGCUUGUGUGUGACGGUGGAUGUAAGAUAAAAGGGUGUGUUUGGAUUGUUGUUUGGGCUCUGCUGUUUUCUCAACUGUGUGUGGGUAUUACAAGGGGGGUGUUUGGUUUUAGCGUUUUGUGCCUCAAGUUUGAGGGAAACCAUGAUGGGGAGACCCAAUUGGUUAUUUCCGGAUGUGUGUGUUUCCUGGUGUGUUUCUUGUCUAAUAAAAAAGUUGUCAUUUGAUUGGCUUAUAA